UCAUCAAGGAAGAAGAAAGACCCGUCCCACACAAGAAGACUUCUACCGUUACAAGAAUACCAAAACAGAAUAAAAGUCAUGCUGUCUGAGGUGCUCCAGGUCCUGCGGGGAGCAGAAAAAGUGGGGUCUGCCAUGUUCACCACCCAGGGGGAACAACUCCGAUUACUGGCCUGCAACUCCUCUGCCUGUGCAAUAAUCAAAGCUGCUCAGGAGUCAGCUGAAACAGUGAUGGGAACAUUUAAAAUGGACAGCAGUGCGUCAAUAAAAGAGGAUGAGUUUCCGCAUGCUGAAGGCUGGGAGGAUAUGGACUUUGAUGAAACCAAAAAUUUUGAAGUUGGUUCUGACUUUCCCUCAGAAGGUGCAGAGCAAAGUCAGACAGAAGCUACAGCGGACAUGCCAACAGGAGGGCAUUACACACCAGGAACAUCGCCAGCAGGGUCAGGCUGGCCAGGACAAAACACUCGCUUCCUCCACAUGACCGCCACCACCCAUCAGCACUACCAGACCAGGUUCGUUCACGACACAGUGGUGGCCAGACUCACACCUGAUGACAUCAAGAAGGCCAGGGAGGCCAAGCAGGAACUGAUCAAACCUGUCAGACAGAAGCUGAGUGAUCGAGCCAAAGAAAGGAAAGUUCCUGCCACAAGAAUCAGCAGGAUGGCUAAUUUUGGUGGGCUGGCUAUAGGACUGGGGCUUGGUGCCAUUGCAGAAGUGGCUAAACAGUCACUGGGAAGCAAACAAAAAGGAGACAUGAGAGCCCUGUUAGACUCUCCUCUCCUGUCAGAGGCCAAUGCUGAGAGAAUAGUCAGCACACUAUGUAAGGUCCGUGGGGCUGCACUGAAGAUCGGACAGAUGCUCAGCAUACAAGAUAACACUUUCAUCAACCCCCAUCUGCAAAAAAUCUUUGAGAGAGUCCGUCAGAGUGCAGACUUCAUGCCCACAUGGCAGAUGAAUAAAGUUCUUGAGGAGGAACUGGGCUCUGGCUGGCGAGAUAAUCUAUUGUCUUUUGAAGAAAAACCAUUUGCUGCAGCAUCUAUUGGCCAGGUGCAUUAUGGGGUCUUAAAAGACGGCAGAGAAAUUGCCAUGAAAAUACAGUACCCCGGUGUGGCAGAGAGCAUCCACAGUGACAUUAACAACCUGAUGUCAUUACUGAAAAUGGCUGCGGUCCUGCCAGAAGGUCUGUUUGUCGACAGUUCAUUAGAGGUUCUUCAGAGGGAGCUGGUGUGGGAGUGUGACUAUAAGAGGGAAGCAGAGUGUGCCAAGAAAUUCAGGUCACUGCUGGAGGGUGAUGACUUUUUUCAGGUGCCUGAGGUGGUUGAUGAGCUGUCAGGGACCAGGGUACUGGCCAUGGACCUUGUACAGGGAGUUCCACUGGAUCGCUGCGUGGACUUGGACCAGGAGACCCGGAACCAGAUCUGCUUAAAGAUCCUCCAGCUGUGUCUGAGGGAGGUGUUUGAAUUCAGGUUCAUGCAGACGGAUCCCAACUGGGCCAAUUUUUUCUACAAUGUCGACACUAACAAGGUUGCCUUGUUGGACUUUGGAGCUUGCAGAGAUUACCCAGAACCAUUCAUACAUGACUACAUACAGAUUGUGCACGCAGCAUCUGUGGGUGAUCGAGCUACUGUUCUAUCUAAAUCUAAGGACUUAAAAUUCCUGACGGGUUUCGAGGCCAAGGCCUUCCAGGAAGCCCAUGUGGAGGCGGUGAUGAUCCUCGGUGAAGCGUUUGCAUCCACAGAACCCUUUGACUUCGGCACACAAAGCACCACCCAGCGCAUCCACAGCCUCAUUCCGGUCAUGAUGCGCCACCGCCUCACUCCCCCGCCCGAGGAAACGUACUCUCUCCAUCGCAAGAUGGCCGGCUCCUUCCUCAUCUGCUCCAAGCUGAAGGCACGGAUACAGUGCCGAGACAUGUUCCUGGACAUCUAUAACGCCUACAACAGGAGGCGGGCAGAGCCCUUAGCACAGGCGCGUGCUUAG